AUGUCAACGACAUCUGAGUCGACGCGCUCGCGCCCAGACACCCUAGACAUUCCCGACGCGGUGAAGAGCCUUGACGACCUUGCCUUCGCGCCGGUAGAACUGGCGCAGUAUCAUAGCAUAUCCGAGAAACUGGCCUCCAACAACGUCUUCCGCAUCCUACGCUCGCCCGCGCCAAUCCGUCUAUGGGUCUACCGCUCGCUGCUUGCUGAGAACUGGCUGUGGAGUGAGUGGGACCGCCCUGCUAUAUCUAGAUUAGACAUGGACAGUCAUCUACGGGACGACGAGGUCGACGACAGCCCAGGCGAUAGCGAGAGCACCGCCGAGUCGGAAAGCUGCCACUACGUAAAAUCAAGGCCGUACCUCACACGCCUGCGCCUCGCACUCGGCCCCUAUACCGUGCACUUCCACAAUCCAGGCUACAUAGCAGAUGACACAUUGCGCAUGCUGGAGCGAGUUUCGAUCAAGAAGACACUCGAAGAGACACGGAAGAGCCUAGAGCUUCGUGAGGAGCUGGGCCUCUCGUGGGAGUUCUGGGACGAGCUCGCUGGUGUGCUCAAGGCCGCCAUACCUUCGCUCGAACGCCGCUGCUUUCCUCAACCACCUCUUGGUGGACUCGAAUACGAGGGCCAGUCCUGCCUCCUCAUUGCAAGCUACGCGCCGAGUUUGUUGAGAGAUUUGGAAAGGCUCAACCAGCUCGUAUGCAUAGCGCGAAAUGUGCAGGUCUAUGGCGAAAAGGUGCAGAACCUGAGCGCCGCGAGGCUAUUCGACAAGGAUAUAUUUGCCCUCAUCAACGUCUGCGUGCGCGUCACAGCCAGAGGUUACGAUGGCGAGGCGGGCUCAGCGGACGAGGACAAAUGGCAGGGCGUCAUCAAUGCAUACAAGAAGCUCCUCAUCACCUGUCUUCAAUUUCUCAACAACCUUAUUGCGCGGAAUGAGCAAAGGAAGCUCAUGCUAUGGAUCGAGCUGUUCGACAGCCACCUGGACAACGAGCUGCCCAACUUCGCCGAUAUGAAGUACAAGAUGGACGAAUUCCCCCAACAGGAUAACACAACGCCAUCAGAGGAGCAGCCAUUGUCACAGCAAUCAUCACGCAGUCUAGACACAUUCAGAAUCCCCCAACAACCCGCUUCUUCCCCCUUCUUGCUCUACAUCGGCGAGACGGGCAACGAGGUCAAGAGGUCCCUGACGCAACAUGGCGUCAAGGCCGGCGCAAACGAAAUCGCGGCCGAGUGUAGGAGGCGGUGGCAGACCAUGAGCGAGGAAGAGAAGAAUAAAUGGAACAUGCUGUAUGCGGAUGUAGUCGCCAGAUAUCGUGAUCAGAUCACACAAUCCAGCACGUACAGAAAGGUGGUAGACCAGCACGCCAAGAACGAGGAAAGCGUACAAGCGCUCGCUAAGAGCAUUACUCAACUCCAAGUGGAAGUGGAUAGAAUGCGGUCAUCAAUCGCCGUCUACCCCGACGGAUCGGCUCUGGAUCAGCAGGCAUCUCCCGUUUUGGAAGAGAAUCAGCCCGCAAAACCAGCAAUGGAUGACUCGUUACUAGAUCCCAGCAUCAAGCGGUCUUCCCCGGCAGGUGAGAUCGAUUUCCGUGUGACAUACCCGCCAUCCUUCGGUGCAGAGAUCCUCCAGAAUGGCAAGGAAGAUCUUCUCAAGCGUCUGGAGCCAGACCCCGACCGUCCCUCAGGGCUAAUCAGUGAUGUAGCCUCUCCAACUUCUCCUCCACCGGAGGAGGACGACGAUAAUGAUGACGAUUACGAUGACAUUCCUGGAGACGAAGGACGAGGCCUCCUUACCGAUGUACCCCUCAUAUUAGGUCCUACCGAGAUCGAGGUGUUGCCCAUGAUCGUCAUGGCAGGCAUCGUGGAACCGACCGAAGGACAGCCAGGCUAUCACUCUGAUCCGACAGUAUUCAGCAGUGUGAGAAGCAUGCACGGCGUCCGUUGUCAUCUCCUCCUUGCGCAGGACAACGGUCGAAAUCUCCUUCGAGAGCUGUUGAUAUUUGUUGCGGCUUGGGAUCUGAGGGAAGAGGAGCUUUACUUCAAAUUCAUGGUCAAGAUCAUGGAAGCAAUUUUGGCGAACCAAUUACUACCGUUUGCUUAUCACGCUUUCAGAGAGUCUGAAUCCAAGGAUAUUAUUUCUCCGGCUCAAGCUGUCAUCAUGAAGCUCCUCACAAACAUCUUUCGCGCCAGGCAAGCUCGCGCACAGCCCAUCAAAGGACAUCUCAAACCAAAAGCUCCACAGGUCGAUCAAGGCGACGUUCAUAUGGUCAACUUUCUACUAACCGAGUUCCGCCGCCACAUUAUUCCCCAAACCUGCGCACUUAUUUUCCUGCAAGGGCAAAUCCGUGUUGGUCAUGCGCAGCCCGAAGAUUUUCCUCUGAACCUCUGGGAUAUGGAGCGCAUGUACGAAGGCGUAUACCAAUAUCUCGAGUUCUUCGCCAUCCUCACCGAGCACGAGACGUGGAAGCGCAUGUUGAGCAAUUGGGAGAUUGCUAACGAACUAGUGACCCUAUUGAAAGAGCUGGAUGCUGCGAUUCCCAAGGGUCAACUGGGCAUUCCCCCACUAAAGAACAUGGCCCCUGCGCCGCCGCCUCCAGCACCUGUAGAGGUUGACAUGCCGCCUCCCCAGCAUCAACUCAAUCAGCAACCUCAGCCCGUCGCGGUCGAACGACCUUAUGACACUAACGCCGCAGCAGCAGAGCCUUAUAUACCUCCGCCUACUUCACCCUCACCCCGACCAUACAUGGACGAAGCUGCAGACGAGCCCUCGGACUUUGAAUGGCGCAAUCUUAAGAAGCUGGCCGUUCUUGUUUUGAGCUCGUUGGUAUGGAAGAACAAACAUGUUCAAGAUCAAAUCCGCCCACUCGGCGGUAUUGAAGCAGUCCUCAAUUGUUGCUCAUACGACGAGCACAAUCCAUACAUUCGUGAGCACGCUAUCAUGUGUCUCCGCUUCCUGAUGGAGGGAAACAAAGAGAACCAGGAUCGCAUCCGUGCUCUUGAGCGGACCAAUCAAGACGCAAAAGCGAAAGCAACCGCACCCGCGUCAGAAAAUGCCGCAGGCGAAACCAAAGCACCUGUUAACGUCCAUGUCCCAGAUGAAGUACUCGACCAACAGGGGUACGAGACGUAUAUGGACAGCAAGGGCCAGGUCAUGUUAAGGAAGCGCCAACCGCAGGGGCAGCCAACACCAUCUCGAGACAUGGGCAAGGGCAAAGGCAAGAUUGAUGUUAAUAUGAGGGACCCGAAAGCGCUCGAGGAGCUGGUGCAGCAGGUUAUGCGAGAUUUACCGAGGGUAACAAAGAUUGGAGAAGAGAGAGCGGCAGAGACAGAAGAGCUCCUCAAGAGGCUAGAUAGGGGGUUUGACUCGAAGGGUUAA